AUGAUAUUAUGUAAUGCAGGAGGAGUAGGAGGUGGUGGAAACUCAACUCCAUUCAUUGCAGUAUUUUUCAAUUUAUCAUUGAUUGAAUGUAUUCCAAUUGGUAACUUUUUGGGAUUAACUUGCUCAUUAUUCAGGUUUAUAAUCAAUUUCAGAGAAAAACAUCCUAAUAAUCCGUAAAGAUUGGCAAUAGAUUAUGAGAUUAUAGACUUAACAAUGCCAGUCCUAUAUUUAGGCACAUUUUUCGGAGUAUAAAUUGGCACAAAACUUUAAGAAAUAUAUUUAGCAGUGAUAUUUGCAAUCCUGUUGUUCUUUUUAUCAUAUAAGACAGCUCAGAAUGCCAAAAAAUUGAUACAGGCUGAAAACAAAACACUUUAAAGCUAAGUAGACAUGUAAUUCAAAACCAAACUAAUAGAAAAUGAUAAUAUCAUUCCUGACAUUAAUGAUCAUGAAAUAAAAAAUAUCAUUGAGGUCAACAGCAAAAAUGAAUCAAGCUUAUUAAGAAAUAUAUUGAAACAAGAAAGUUAGCAUUUUACUUUGAGGAGAUGCUUGAGUUUCGCUUUAAAUCUUAUUUUCUUGAUUACAACAUCAAUGCUUUUGAAUAGUAAAGAUAUAUUUAGAGUUAGCGAUUAUAUUAAAUAUGCAGCGGUGGGACUGUUCAUCAUCUACGCUAUAAUAUCUACAAUUAUAACAUCAAGGACCUUGCAAAGAAACUAUCACAUUAAAAGACUUGAAGGGUACAAAUUUGAUAAGAAUGAUAUAACAUAUGAGAAAAUAAACCAUUUAAUCAAAGUGAUUGUACUUUGCUUAUUUUGUGGAGUCCUUGGAGGCAUUGUGGGUAUACCAGGAGGAAUCAUCUUAGCUCCAUUAUUUCUCUAAUUGGGAAUGCUUCCAAUUCUCGUAUCCAGCACCAAUUAAUACUUAGCUUUGAUUUCAGCAAUAUCAGUUUCGUUCCAAUACUGGUAUCUAGGAAUGCUUAACCAAUAAUUUAUCAUAGUCUUGGGUAUCAUUUGCAUGAUUGGAUGUUACAUCGGAUUAAAGAUAGUUUAAGUAAAGGUUAAAAAGAGUGGAAGACAGUCCAUUAUAGUUGUAGCCCUAGCCUUAGUCCUCUUUGCAUCAUUUCUGAUGAUUCCAGUUAAAUAUUGGCUAAAAAAUAUUGCCUAUUAUUGA